UCACCUUCUUCUCGGUCUUUAUAGAAAAAAAAAUCCGAAAAUAUUUAAAGGAUUUCUAGUUGCUACCCUCCCUAUCACUCUCUCUCUUUAUGGAAAUCCUCUUCUCCCCGCACAAAGCAAGGCACAUCUCACCUUUUCUUUCUGUGCUUGCUUUCUCUUUUCUUUUUAUUCUCGGUUUCUGGGUUCUGUGUCUCAUCGAGAUUUGAGAUUAGUUUGAUAUGGGUUGCUCCCAAGGUAGUUGCAUUGACUCCGUAGACCCGCUCACGGACCCUCUCAAGGCCCAUGAUGAUGCAAAGUUCGAGGCGGCUAAGUUUUCAUUAAUUACAAAUGAUGGAUUUGAUGAUAUUGAUCUGGAAACAGUGACUGUUUACAGAAGAAACAUGAUUUGGGAGCUUGGUUUGGGCUGUGUUCUUCCUCUGAGGCGGAGACGUGGGCGAAGAAAUGAUGAGAGACAUGGAGAGAAGAACAAUGAAGACGGUGGUGAGCACAACAAAGCCUGGCUACUCGCCGGGAGUGGUGGGGUUGGCCCUGAAUUCACUAGUGCGGAGCCGCAAUCAGUCCACUCUUCUUUCAGGUUCAGCUUUGGCUCGCAGAUGGAGCUUGACGCAAUGAGCUUGAAUUCUACUGUUUCUGCUGCUACUGUUCUUAUGUUGAAUUUGGAUACCGGGUUAGCAGAAUCUGGUUCGCGAGACUUGAAAUGGAGAAGAAUAGAGUCUCUAGAGAGGAGCAUCUCUCCGGUGGCCGAGACAUUAGUCAGAUUCAGUUAUGGUGAAAUCCGGUCCGCUACAAGGGAUUUCUGUAAAGGCAGAAUACUGGGGAGAGGAGCUCUGAGCUGUGUCUUUAGAGGUAGGGUUGGUUUUCGAAGAACUGCGGUUGCAAUAAAGCGGUUAGACAAGGAAGAUAAGGAGUCUGCGAAGGCAUUCUGCAGAGAAUUGAUGAUUGCGAGCUCCCUCCAUAAUAGGAAUGUUGUUCCCCUUGUGGGUUUCUGUAUUGAUGCAGAAGAGGGUCUUUUCUUGGUGUACAGAUAUGUUUCUGGAGGAAGCUUAGAGCAUUAUUUGCAUGAGAAGAAGAGAGGAGUAAAGGGUCCCUCACUUCAAUGGUCUGCAAGAUUUAAAGUUGCGACCGGAGUUGCAGAAGCCAUUGCUUAUCUACAUAAUGGAACUGAAAGAUGUGUUGUUCACCGAGACAUUAAACCUUCUAACAUCCUACUUUCUUCCAAGAAAACGCCCAAGCUAUGUGAUUUUGGGUUAGCUACAUGGACUCCUGCACCCUCAGUCCCUUUCCUCUGUAAAACUGUCAAAGGAACAUUUGGUUAUUUGGCACCUGAGUAUUUCCAACACGGGAAAGUCUCGGAUAAAACUGAUGUAUAUGCUUUUGGAGUGGUCCUGCUUGAGCUGAUUACAGGCCGGAAGCCAAUUGAGGCCAAAAGACCACCAGGAGAUGAGAACCUUGUCUUGUGGGCAAAGCCACUUUUAGAAGAAGGAAGAGGAGCAUUGCAUAAAUUGCUUGAUCCGCGUCUAAAACUAACUCCACAUAAUUCUACUAAAGUUACCAGGAUGGUUCAAGCUGCUGCUGCCUGUAUCAACAGUGAAGAAUCCAGGAGACCAAGCAUUGAUCAGGCAAUUGCAGUAUUGCGAGGGGAUGAGAAUUAUUGCUCAAACAGGAACACUCCCACAUUUGCUGGGAAUGGUUGUAUUCUUGAUUGUUAUACUCACUUGCAACAGACGAAGAGUGAUAUGCAGAGUCACUUAGCUCUGGCAAUGCUAGGGGUUUCAGACCUUGAGGAUGACGAUCACUUCUAUUGCCGUUGAAGACGUAUGACAGUUUGGUUUUUCCAUUUUUUGCUUCCUCCAUUUUUUGCUUCCUCCAUUUUUUCUUAUCAUGUUGCUUGCCUCACAAAGAGAAAACUAGUGAGAGUAGAUAGGAGAGAAACGAAUGAAAAAACCUGUACAUAGUGAAGAAAAGUCCAAUGAGGGAUUGUGUGUGUAUAUAUAUGUUCCAUUCACCCAUCCCUAAUCUCAAGGGAAUGUAGUAAGUUUCUGUUUUAGCCUUUCAGAGCUUAUUUCUUAAGAGUGCUAUUCCUAAA